AUAGAGUCCAUGCACUAUAUGAUGUCCAGCACCCUAUAUAGAGUCCAUUGGUCCAAAAUCCACUAUACAGAGUCCAGGAGUCCACUCAGUUUUGAUCAGCUUCAUCCAGCCGCGCAAUCCCCUAUAAGGAGUACACUUUUUCUACAAGUCCCCUAUUCACGGUCCAGGAGUCCAGUUCAUCCAGUCACGGCAUCCUGUGUACAGUGUAGGGAGUAGUAGGUAUUUUCUACUCCUUUGUUUUAGCUAAGCCAGGACCGGCAGGAGUACGUGGACUGUCUGCAGCAGAAAGGGCUGUGAGUCGUCAAAACUGUCUGUACGAGUACACCUUCUCAAAGUAAGUUGGGGCGCUUUCGCGCUAUGCGUCGUGUACGGACUUCAGUCACAAAUCUGGUACUGGAGUCGUACAAACCCUUUCCAAAGUCGUACAAGCCCAUGAACUGGGCCAAUUAAAAUAACAAGUGCAAGUGGAAGCUCCAGAUAAAUGGCGUACUUGUCCAAAUAUCCAUCUGUCUACUCCUUUGUUGGCGACGAGUGCACGUACUGUCUGUAGCAGGGUGUCGUCAAAAACGGUAGUUUACGACUUUCUGGUCUCUACACCUUUUCAAACAUUGGUGGGCCAUGUGGCCUCUCGCGCAAUGCGUCCCAUGAACUGGACCAAGUGGGCCAUGGGAAGCUCCAAGGCCAUAGAUCUACUUGUCCAAAUAUCGAUCUGUCUACUCCUUUGUUGGCGACGAGUGCACGUACUGUCUGUAGCAGGGUGUUGUCAAAAACGGGAUUUUACGACUUUCUGGUCUCUACACCUUUUCAAACAUUGGUGGGCCAUGUGGCCUCUCGCGCAGUGCGUCCCAUAUGGACUUCAGUCAAAGAAGAACUGUAUACUGUGUACAAACCAUUGAGCUUGACCAAGAGGAGAGCUCCAGAUAAGGGCGUGCUUGUCCAAAAAUUGAUAUGAUUUCUUUCCAUUUACGUCUACACCAUGGCGGAGGAUGGAGGAAUCCGCAUUGGAACUAAAAAGCGAGCGGUGUCCAAGACGAAGGACAGAAACGCCGAGAGUUUUUGGUCGUCCUUCGACGAAAUAAAGAAAGUCUGCAAGCUGAAGGCAGAGAACCCGAAGUGGGGGAAACGUAAAAUCGCAAGUCAUCUGGCAGAACAAUCGACGACAGUGUCAAUCUCCACAGUACAGAGGUACUACGAGACUUUCUUGUUUGACUUGGAGGAAGACUGCCUAUUCCACAAGUCCACGGAGCUCACAGAGAUCCAUCGUCGUUGUGUCACUCGCCAGUCGCUUAUUGACCUCAUCAUCAGUGAGCACGAGCGCGACCAUCGCCAGGGGGAGGCCUGUUACAACACGCUGCGGGCUAACUAUUAUCCAGUUGUGCGUGACACAGUUUUAGCAUUAUUUAAGACAAACGUCAACUGCACUGCUUGCCAUCGACAGGCACCUCUACCGAAAACCACCCUCACACGGCGCACCAUCUUGGCUACCUACCCCAACAGUAGGUGGCAAAUGGACUUGAAGAAGCUCCCGAGUGUACGGGGUUACGAGUACUGCUGCAAUGUGGUGGACUGCUUCUCCAGGUUUGCUAUGGGUGGCCCUAUCAAGAGCAAGAGCGCUAAGGCCGUCUGCAAUGUUAUUGUCAGCUGUAUGUACAGGUAUGGUGCACCUCGUAUAUUGCAGACUGACAAUGGCAGAGAGUUUAAUAACUCUAGCCUAGCAGCUGUCAUGGACGAAAUGCGUGCACUGAAGAUUAAUGGACGGCCGUACCAUCCGCAAUCACAAGGUCGUGUCGAGCGUCUUAAUCAGACGCUAGCCAAUUUUCUCCGCCGGGACCUCCAGAAGGAACCCGAUUGGCCCUCUCGUCUGGAGUACUUUUACUUCACCUACAAUUGCAGGAUCCAUCGAUCUCUCAAGGGAAAGUGCCCCAUUGAGGUGUACUUGAGAAGGCCCAACUUCAGCAUCUUUGUUGAGCCUUCUCGCACACAGCUGACUGAAGAUGAACGCCAGUAUCUGGAUGAGGCUCACCUUGAUAUUGACGGUGACUCUGAUGUUGACGAUAGCAGUGUAUCCAGUGAUGUGCUCGGAAUCACGGGCCCAGCUUAUGAUGCCUCCCAUGCCCUUGGAGGUACGCUCGCUGCUGCAAGCAUCUGUGAGCCUGAGUUGGAGGUCGUUGAUAAUGUGUGUGGCAAUGCCCUUAGCACAGCAGGUGCAACCUCAUGUGCACCUAACUUUGAACUGGCAGCUGAUUACGACAUGGAUCUUGAGCCUUUGGAUUCUCAAACAAUCAACACAGGAAACUCAUAUGAGUGUGGUCCACAUGUGCCUAGCACAGCCAUAUCAGCUGCAUGUUCAGACUCAGCAACCUCGUGUGACCAAGGUCGACAUGCGCCUACCACAGCUGUAUCAGCUGCCUCUUCAACCUCACCAACCUCGUGUGACCAAGAUGAAGCGUAUGGUGACGCAGAGUCCUAUCCUGUUGAACUUCAAUGGGCGAAUAACCCGGAGGGCCGGACAGAGCAGGCCAAGUAUGCUGUGGGUGAAACCGUGUGGUUUUACCGCGCUGCCAAUCUUGGCGGUGCUGCAGGUGUGGCUGCCCUUCGCCCACAGUGGCGCGAAGGUGUUGUCGUUCGCCAUGAUAUGCAGGAGGGAGGAUUCCUCCUGUAUGAAGUUGAGGCCGAUGAUGGUGGAGCCAAAGCUUCCUUCGCAGAGGCUCAUCUGCGGCCUCGUCACGUUUCCCCUGUGCACGUUUGGCACAACCAGUUUCUGGACCCCGUGCCAGAAGACUGGUACAGGGGUCCAGAGCCAUACCGAGGACCCGCUCGCAAGCGGUAUUAUCGGUGAUGAUCUGUGUAAAUACUAGUACUACUAGUACUGUUCUUUCAAUCUAACGAACACCUCGAUAGGCAUAUUGCCUUUGGGUCAUUUCAUAAUAAUAACAAUUCUCUGCAUCAAUUGUGCCUCUUUUCAUUGUUCUUUUCUGUCCUGUAAAUAAAUCCUUGGCUCUCCAUCAGAGCCUAUUCCCUUUCCGGUUCCUGGUUCUUUAUUAUUGUUUUCUUACCGUGUGGGUGGGGGUGCCUGUGUGUGUGUGUUUUAAUUUUGGACUGUGUAUAGUUAAUGCCUAAUUGCCUGGUGUUGUCAACGUUAAGACUCUUUAUAGUUGAUUUCAAAGUUUGAACUCUGUACAGUGGAUUUUGGACCAGUGGACUCUAUAUAGGGGUGAAGUCAAUUGGCUGGACUCUAUACACGGAGUGAUGUUUAUCCAAACUUCGAGCUCACAGUUGGUUCCAAGUUUGGACUCUGUACAGUGGAUUUUGGACCAUUGGACUCUAUAUAGGGUGAAGUCAAUUGGCUGGACUCUAUACAGGGAGUGAUGUUUAUCUAAACUUCGAGCUCACAGUUGGUUCCAAGUUUGGACUCCGUACAGUGGAUUUUGGACCAAUGGACUCUAUAUAGGGGUUGGACAUCA